AUGGUGGAGAGCGGCAGCAGGGCUAUCCAUUGUCUCCUCUUGGGUUUUCAUCAUGAAGCAGAAUAUCUGCAGGAGAGAGAAUCCCUCCUUGUUAUCCUCAAGGCGGGACUGGAUUGGAUUUUGAAGGGCAUUAGCCAUGAGGUAAUCAACAUCAAUCUGAAGAACAAACCUGACUGGUUCUUUGAGAAGAACCCCUUUGGUCUGGUUCCUGUUCUGGAGACCAGCAAGGGCCAGCUGAUCUAUGAGUCCCCAAUCACUUGUGAGUAUUUGGAUGAAGCAUUUCCGGGGAAGAAGUUGAUGCCUUCGGACCCAUACGAGCGAGCUUUUCAGAAGAUGCUCUUGGAACAUUUCUCAAAGAUAACACCUGUAGUUUUCAAGUAUUUUGUGGCAGUCAAAGAUGGACAGGACACCACAGCACUGAAAGCAGAGAUUGCUGAAAAGUUUGGCAAACUCGAAGAGAUUCUGUCCAAACGUAACACGGUGUUUUAUGGUGGGGACUCAAUCUCCAUGUUUGACUACAUGAUCUGGCCGUGGUUUGAACGUCUGGAACCAUUCCAGCUGAAAGACGCUUUGAGUCACACCCCAAAGCUCCAACGCUGGAUGGAGGCCAUGAAGGAGGACCCUGCUGUCAAGGCUACAAUGACUGACCCACAGACAUUCAAAGGUUACCUCCAGCUGUAUUUGAAGAACAGCCUUGAGGCAUGUGAUUAUGGGCUCUGAGGUGCCAGUAGGCAAAUGCUUGCUGAAGUGUCAGUGUUUCUUUUCAGUGUGAGCUGUGGGGAUCUUGUGUAAUUUGGUGUGGGCUCUUCUGUGGCUGCAUUUCAUAAUGGGGAAUAAAUUUGUGCUGAAAAGGCUAGAGAUCUUCUGUGAACUCCACUCCUUCCUGUCAGGAGGAGGACCAUCUGCUGGAUUCAUGCAGGAGAUGGAAAGUGAUUGCUGACCGUGUAUAUUGUGUGAAGGAAAUUGUUGGCUUUAAACAGAGGUGAUGUUCUGUUAUCUCUGGCCUCUUUGCAAGCAUUGCUAGUGGGAAGUCCCUGAACUGACCCUGUUACUUGGUUUAAAAAUUAUAA